GCGCGACGCAGGGGACUCAUAUCAUGGCCGCUUCGUGUGCUUCAGCGCCGUAACGGGAAUUGUAGUGUUUACAGCUGUGAGACGGUUUUUGGAGGAAAACUUUCUGAAGAUUUUCGCUUGAAGAGAAUAAAAAGGAUUUCGAGGAAUUACUUAUCAGUAUAUCUGAAGAACUCCUGGAGUGAAUUCCAUCAAACGGCACCAGGCAGGAUCCAGGGUCAGACCAGGUUGGGGAUCUGGACGUGCUUUCACACCCACUGAGGAUGCGCUGAACUGUGAAAAAUCUGCUGAAGCGUUCCCCCCCCAAAUGCAGAAAUGGCGUCAGCGACGUCCGGCUCGGGGCCAGUUCCUCUGGACUCCCAGGUUCACGCUGCAGCCGUCAACGGAGACAGGAGCGCACUCGUCAGACUCAUCACAGCAGAUCCCUCACUGAAGGACCACGGAGACCAGUUCGGGCGGACCCCUUUAAUGUACUGCGUUCUGGCGGACCGCCUGUGCUGCGCCAAGAUCCUGCUGAAGGCCGGAGCCUCGGUCAACAAAACGGACAGCAGCCAGAGAACGGCUCUGCACCUAGCUGCUCAGAAGCAAACCGCUCUUCACUGGUCGGCGUUUUUUAACCGGCCCGAGCACGUCCGCCUUCUGAUCAAGCACGACUCCAACAUCGGCAUCCCAGACAGCGAGGGCAAGAUUCCUCUGCACUGGGCCGCGCACAGCCAGGAGGCGAGUGCCACGCAGACCGUCCGCUGCAUACUGGAAGCAGCGCCCACUGAGUCCUUGUUGAACUGGCAGGACUACGAGGGUCGGACACCCCUGCACUUUGCUGUUGCUGAUGGUAACGAGGCGGUAGUGAAGGUGCUAACAUCUUACGAGGGCUGUAAUGUGACGGCUUACGAUAACCUCUUCAGAACGCCACUGCACUGGGCGGCUCUGCUGGGCCAUGCCAAAAUUGUCCACCUGCUGUUGGAGAGAAACACGUCAGGCACAAUUCCUUCAGACAGCCAAGGAGCAACACCACUGCAUUACGGAGCUCAGAAAAACAACGCUGAAACUGUCGGCGUGUUUCUGUCUCAUCCGUCUGUGAAAGAUGAACCCGAUCUGGAAGGACGAACAGCCUUCAUGUGGGCCGCCGGGAAGGGCAGCGAUGAUGUCAUCCGCACCAUGCUCGCCCUCGUGCCUCGCAUCGACACCAACAUGGCCGACAAGUACGGCGGCACCGCGCUCCACGCGGCCUCCCUGUCAGGCCAUGUGAGCACAGUGAAGCUGCUGCUGGAGAACGGAGCAACAGUCGACUCUCUGGACGUCAUGAAGCACACGCCGCUGUUCCGUGCGUGCGAGAUGGGCUACAAAGAUGUCAUACUCACACUCAUCAAAGGUGGUGCGCGGGUGGGCCUGGUAGACGUGGACGGCCACACUGCUUUGCACUGGGCCGCUCUGGGGGGGAACGCAGAGGUCUGCCAGAUCCUGAUGGAGAACGGGAUCGGUCCCAACGUACAGGAUCAUGCAGGACGCACUCCGCUGCAGUGUGCAGCGUACGGCGGUUACAUCACAUGCAUGGCGGUUCUCUUAGAAAACAACGCUGAUCCAAACGUACAGGACAAGGAGGGGCGGACUGCUCUGCACUGGUCGUGUAACAACGGCUACCUGGAUGCCGUGAAGCUGCUGCUGGGCUACAACGCCUUUCCCAACCAGAUGGAGCACACAGAGGAGAGGUACACCCCUCUGGACUACGCUCUGCUGGGGGGCCACAGUGAGGUGACCCAGUUCAUGCUGGAGCACGGCGCCCUGUCCAUAGCAGCCAUCCAGGACAUCGCCGCUGCCUCCAUCCAGGCCGUCUACAAGGGCUACACAGUCCGCAAGGCCUUCAGGGAGCGAAAGCAGCUGCUCAUGAGACACGAGCAGCUGCGCAAAGAUGCAGCAGCCAAAAAGCGAGAAGAAGAACAGCGAAGACGAGAAGCUGUACAUCGAGUUUCGACUAACGCCGCAGACAAACGAAGGGUUUCUCUAGUCAAAGCGGAGCAGGAAAAGCUCGCCUCGAUGAACAUAAAUGAUUCGUUAGAGACAAAGAAAUCAUCCAAAGGUGAACGCACAAAGACCAAAGAGGAGAGACAUACAGCUCAUAAGAGCAGGAUGUCCAGAAGAAGAAGCACAGCUGAACGAGCUGAGGCUCCUGAAGCUUUGAGCUGUGACACAGACGUUUCCCAGACCACCAGGCUGGACGAGCUUCUGUCGCCCUCCGUCUGCAGGGAGCUGAAACCCACACCUCCCAGCUGGCCCAGAGUCAGGGACCGAUCCUCCUCAAACACAUCGGCUCCUUCCCCCCCUGUCUCAGCUCUGGAGCAAAGUGAAGCCGGCGCCGGGGAUUGCAUCCCCCUGAAAAAGAGAGACGGUCGCUCGAGUCGCACGCACGCCUCUCUGCAAAAACACCGAAACCGCAGGGAGCAGGCUUCAGAGCGGGCCUUUGUCAAAGACCAAACCGCCUCGUUACGAAGCAAUUCCUCAUUACAGCGCCAGCAGCCCUCAGGAGGAGCUCAGGCCGGCAAUCACACGAUCACACGGGAGCAACAAGACGGGGAUCUGAGGAGGAACGAGGCUGCGCGCAUCCUCCAGCAGGCGUGGCUCAGGUUUCGCGCACGCAGAAGAAGAGAGCUGAAGGACCGCGUGGAAGUGGAGUCAAGUGAUUCAAGCUACAAGAGAAAAACAGAAAGCAGAGUUCAUCUCGGCAAACCAGGAAGUAAAAGCUCUGUGCUACAAAACAUCUACGGCAGCUCGGUGGGGAGACGAGGGCGUUCGUUUCACUCUCCUCUGGAUGUCCCUUCCCGCACCCAGAGCCAGCUGAGCGGUUUAGACUGUGUGCACCUGACUGACGCCUUGAACCAGGCCAAGCAGUACUCUUACCACCUGAGACCACACAGUGCAGGACAGGGAGCGAGAGGCCGCGGGAAGCAUUGAACACACACACACACACACACAUAUUAACACACUCUUAUUCUUCUUUGAUGUUUUCUCAGCUGGCUGGCACUCUCGCCUCCUAUAGAAUUACUCGGCACAAUGUUCGCUCCGUGCGCCGAAACUUUCUAAAAUUAAGCCACGUAUGACAUCAGAGGCAUGACCUCACAGGGCGGGGGGGUUCAGUCUACAGAAAUAGUGUGUGUAAAAGAUAACCUUUAAUCCAUUGUGGAUGGAGCCCAUACACACACACACACACACACACACACACACACACACACACACACACACACACUGAGAUAACCUUUCCCCGUGUUAUGGAGAAUGAGACAGU